AGAGCGACGAAAAACGAAGUAGGGGUUUUAGGGUUUCUGAUAGAUUUGGGGAUUUAGGGAUUUUGUACAGUUAGGAAGCGUGCAGAUUAGUUGAAGAUGGAUUCUGAUCAAGCCAAGCUGUUUGUGGGUGGCAUUUCCAGGGACACUACCGAAGAUGUUUUGAAAGACCACUUCGCCAAGUACGGCUCUGUUCUGGGUUCCACAAUUUCGUUGGACCGCAACACCAAAAUUCCUAGAGGCUUUGGCUUCGUUAGGUUCUCCGACGUUUCAGCGGCUGAUAAAGCCCUUCAAGACACGCAUGUUAUACUGGGAAGAACGGUAGAAGUGAAGAAAGCAAUACCUAGAAGUGAACACCAACAUCAAAACCUACCCCAGAGUAGAGGCACGAGUAACUGUAGUAAUUAUGACAGUAGCAGCGACCACGUUAGCACCAAAAAGGUUUUUGUAGGAGGCCUAUCAGCUGGUAUAUCGGAGGAUGAGUUUAAGCGGUAUUUCGAGAGAUUUGGUAGAAUAACAGAUGUAGUGGUGAUGCAGGACAGUAUAACUCACCGGCCUAGGGGGUUUGGUUUCAUUACAUUUGAUUCGGAAGAAUCUGUUGAAAGUGUGAUGAUGAAAAGCUUCCAUGACUUGAAUGGUAGACAGGUGGAGGUCAAGAGGGCUGUGCCAAAAGACGGGAAUCAUGGUUAUGAUGGUGUUAAUAGAAUGAGAUACAAGAAUGGAAGAGGAGCCCCUAAAACUUCCCCUCAGUAUAGUCCUAGGUACAUUCCCCCUGCGUUUGCACCUCUUCCCUGGUACAGUGGGGAUGGAUUGUAUUUUUAUGGAUCUAACAUGUAUGGGUGCUGGCUCCCUAUGGGAGGGUAUGGCUGCAAUGGAUCUGCAGUUCCAUUUGAUGUUCCUAGGAAUUUCUGGUAUGGUCCUCCGGUAGCAACUGCUCAGACAUGCCAGGUGCCUUAUGCUUCUCCAACCCACGCAUUUGGGAGUGUUAGGGGUGUACUCGGUACUGAAACUAGGGGCUACAAUGGCAUCAUGGGAUCUGCAGCGAGUUUUAAAUCCAAUCAGGUUUUCAGUGCCAAUGGAUUUCUACCGGCUGAUGUUACAUCAUCAUCUCCUAAGAUUGAAGAGUUGAAGCAGGAAGUGGAGUCUCUAAGUUUGAAAGAAACCAGUGCUGACAUCUAGCUAACAGACUAAAAGGAUAACUCGGCCUAAAAACCCGUAGGUAAAUUCUUGCUGACUGCUCCUUACGCGGCAAUGAAAGGUUGGUCUAUUCUUUGAUGGAUGGUGGAAGAGUUUGUCACUCUUAUUCUGGUCUGUAUAAAAUUUGCCAAGUUACCUCUUCUGUGCUAUAAAUAUGUGUUAAAUUAGUUAUAGCUUUCUGUCAUGUCUAGUUUUGGAGUUUUAUCAGUAGAGGAUUCGGGCUCAUGUAAAAUAAUGGCAUUGGAAAUCCUUUUUUCUGUUUUUCUUGUCUAUAAAUAGGUGCUGUCUAUGUUUGUCUGCAGAAUGGAAUCGCCCAUCUCACUGUUGCAUACUCCAUACCGUUGCUUCUGUCGAUCUUUAGCACCCUUCGUGGUUGAAAUGCAUUGAGACCUUUAUUGGUCUUCCAA